CAGUGGAGGGUGGAGGAAAAAAAAAAAAAAAAAGCGGAGCAACUACUCCUGUUUACAACCACAUAAUGGAGUCCAAAUGGCCAAAUACGAUUCGCAAGCGUAUAUUAUUUACUGGAUUUACGCUUUGUGUUGUUUUGGUCACAAGACCCACGUCUGCGAUCGAGAUACACGCUGAUCCUGAGGUGAUAGUACAGAACGGUACCACGGGGAUUCUUCGAUGCACCUUUAGGUCCAGCGAAGUGGUCAGCUCGGCCACCACGGUGACCUGGAACUUUCAGUCGAGUCAUCCCGACAGUCAGUACUACAAAUCUCCAUACGUGAUUUUCUACUUUACAAGUGGGAGAGGAUUCCCAGGGUCAGAGGAGUUCAAAGACCGCGUGCAGUUUAUCGGGGACAUCAACAAGAGGGACGUCUCGAUACAGCUGAGCCCAACUUAUUUCAGCGACAACGGCACGUUUUUCUGUGACGUGAAGAACCCCCCAGAUGUGAUGGGGACGCAGGCUCGAACCGAGCUCAGGGUCGUGCUGAAAGAGUCUUAUUCGCAGAACAACACCACGCUUAUAGUUGCAGGAGUUUGUGGUGCUUUAUUGGUGCUUGUGCUGAUUGCUGUGGCGGCCUGCAUUGUCAUGAGGGUACUUCACAACCGCCAUGAUUACGAAGGCUGUACGUCCUUGGAAAGCGUGAACUCUCAGGCUCCGCAGCCUCGAAAGAAGGUGGAGUCCAGAGUGGAGGGCUCCAGAUCUACCAGUCCCUCGGGUCCGCUACAGGGCCCGGUGAUAUACGCCCAGUUGGAUCACUCAGGCAGCAAAAACUCCUUCCAUAAGAUGGAGCCUGUGGUCUAUGCUGACAUUCGUAAAAACUGAAGAGGAACCGGGGACCAAAUAAAGGAAAAAAAAAAGUAAACAAAAAUCCAGUAAAAUAUGAGACCUCUCUAUCAGCUGCUCUUGGGAAGGGUGGGGAUAUCUCAACAGGGACACAAGUGGUGCAGUUUCUCUCUCUCUCUCUCUCUCUCUUUCUCUCUCUUUAAAAUUUUGUCCUCUGAAAGCAUGAUGAUAUUAUACGAUAAAGUAAUGUCUCCAUGUGCUUUGUUGUAAAAACAAGAGAAAAAAAAGCUAUGAAAACACUCAAAGUCGAUGUUCCACCACUCCGUUACACCAAAACUGUUCUCCAAAAAAAACCAGGGGCACACAUAAAAACGAGAAAGCCUUCGGUUAUCAUUCCAAGUAUUAUUUGUUUGUUUUGUUUUUGUUCUUGUAGCUUUGUGCCCCCCCCCCCGUCCCCCCAUUAAAGGUUUAGCAGGCUGUUGCACCAACUCAACAGUCCUACUUAAGAUGCUCACACCUGAACCGAGUGAGCCCCGUUUAAUAAAACGAAGCGAAACAAAAAACAUUGGUGCGUUAAACUGUUUCUUCCAGAGAGAAGAGACGUUAUAAAGCAGAUAUUUGAACGAUACGCUCACUGUUUGUCUUACAUCGCCUUCUCAUUCAUUGAUCACUUCUGCCGAAACUUUGGUGCUUUUUAUUGGCCGGUGAGACUGGUCUGAAACUGUACAAACAGCAACAUCAGUAAAGAUCAAAGAAAAUCUACCAACGUCAAAACCUCAAGUUACAUUUUUUUGUUAGAAACUGCAGACUGUAGUCGUCACAAAGUUGCACCUGUGCUCUUGUCUGAUCCAAACUGUGCCGCAUUUAGAUCAAUGUAAAGAGAUGUAGUGUGGUCCAAGUGUGUGCUCACAGUGUUAAAAGUCCCAUUAAUGAGCCGGGCAGACGCUCCACCGUUUUAUUCUCCUUUGUUUACAGGCUUCUGAUCUCUGCGCGUCUCUGUCAUCCUGAAAACCCGAUUGGUUCAUCAACAAGUCAGAGUUCAGACUGGGCAAGUUUUUCCUGUUCUGAUGGGCCACUGUGUCACAUUACAUGAUUAUAGAGUCAUAAAAUCUUUCUACACCUGAGACGAUGAUGGCACUGAGAAGGAGGUGCUUGUAAUUUCCAGGGUAGAAAAAAAAGUAAACACGUGGAGUCAACUGAAGUUGUGUGUAUGACACACUAUGACUCACUCCUUCAGAUAAAAUUUGUAACUUCUGUUCACAGAGAACAGCUUGUGCAGCGCUUUUGGACAAAUUUCAUACUUUUUUUAAACUCCCAUCUAAACGAGGAAAGAACCCCUGCAUUCAGUGAUCACUGGAAUAUUAAAAAGAACGUAAUUUGUAGAAUUAAAGCACAAAUUUUACAAAAUGUGAAACUUCAAGCUGCUCAGUCCUGAUAGUUAACACAAUGAUCAUCCCAGGGGAACAAAAAAGAAAGUACAUUUACCGAUAUUGUUUCUAUGAUAAAGAGUAAAUAUGUCUCCCAGCAUAGUGCUGGUAAUGCACAGCGUCAGUUUUUGUCAGUUAUGCUGCACUGCAUGAGAUAAAAUGACCAAAGUUUGUGCAAUGUGUCAUCUCAGAUUAGAAAGUAAUUAGGGGUAAUAUGUGUUGUCUGAACUCAAACCCAGUCAAAUUAAAAAGGAAAAACACUACUUUGAGUAAAAGGAUUAAAUCUUUAACAGCAGAAGAAUAACUUCUGACUGAAACGGCAACAUUUUUUUUCUCCUGGUGGAAGUUUAGACGUCCUGUAGUGUGAGUGAGCGGUGACCCUUAAAGCGGACUCGACCUGUACUGUAACGUCUGUCUGUCUGCCUUCAUAUCAUCGACUUCGCUAACAGCUGGUGCAACAGUCUGCCGAAGCCACGGCUCCCUCUCCAUCGUCUGGCUCUUCCAUAGUGAUGUUGUUCUGUAGAGGCGAGUGAUGUAGAUGUAGAAUUUUUUUGUUUGUUUGUUUUGUUUUGUUUUUUACACCGCCUUCGGUAACUUUGCAUGCAGAUAUAAUGACAUCUAAAGAAUAACUUUGGUACUGCUCGGCUGGUUUAUUUAAUUUUUAAGAGCAGAAGCAGCCGUCUGACGUUGGUGUUACUGUGAAUGCUUCACUUCUCUGUAAACUCCCGGCAUGUCGUUGUGGUACCGGUAAAGACGCCGCAUUUAGAUUUUCACCUCAGUGGAAAAUUCCGUACGUUUAAGUUUCAGUUGCUGUCACUUUUUUUUAUUUUUCAUUGUCCCAGUUUGUGUACAUAUAAACACAUGGACAAUGCAACCCAGGUAGAUUUAUGCGAUUUCUUUGUUUUUAUUAAAGAGCCAUGGGCAGUUUAUUUCUUUAUGUUGAAAUAUGCAUGUUAGGUUCAAUUGAGGUGAAAGAUCUCCUUCCUAUGAAAACUGGGCGAUGUUAUUUUGUGCAACAAUACACACAUUUGCAUGCAAUUUACUAACAUAACACACAUUAUUAUGAGACUAUCCGUCCUCUUUUUCUUAUUUAUGCAUAAUAUAAAGCUCUUUGUCAAACUAAUGGGCCAAAUAUCUAAUGCCAACACUUUCCGAUUUCAGAUGCUUUAAAUACAUUCCAAAACUUUUGUUUUCUUCCAAAAAGCCAAAUUUAUGUUGUAAUUUCUUUGGUUUUUGUUAACGCGAAUAUUUGUGUUGCCAUCUUGAUUCCUUCAGCUUCGUCUUGUGAUUCCAAAUGCAGUAAAACUCCAUGCUGACCAGUG